AGAGCCAGUAAACAGAGAGUGACCCUUGAAACCACACACCACAUCAGAGAGUCCGGCAGAACGAUCCGGACUUCAGGACGACCUGAUGGAUCUGAGUCUGCUCUUCACGCUGUCGCUCUGCUGGUGGACGGCUGCAGCGAGGUCAUACUGGAGCGAUCAACCAAAGUUCCUCGCCGACGAUGAGAUCAAAGACGGAGAGACGGUGGAGAUCACCUGCACGCUCCCCAUCGAUUACAGCGGAGGAGAAUGUCGCCUGUACAGAGAAGGUUCCCGCGUCCCGUUUCGAGUGGUAAAUGAGGCGGGCUACCUGUGCGUCUUCUACGUGUAUUCCGGCGCGCUGCUAGGGAGAGAGCCGGUCGGCAGCCGGGUCUAUCUCACGUGUGACUACCACCUGCAGGAGUACACCUCCAUGCACAGCCAGAUUCAUGGGAUCACUGUAACUGGUACCAGUCCCAGUCCUCGUCUGUCCGUCAGCCGCCGCUUGCUCACACCUGAUGACAAAUUGGAGGUCACCUGUUUUCCGCCGCUCCCCUCCGUUUCCAGCUGUAGCUUCUACAAAGACGACUACCCAGUCGCUCAGGGAUCCUGCAGCAGAAACCUUACUGGGAAGCAGCUUUCUCUAUUCUGGGAGAAACCUGCCACACUGGUUCCUGUCAACCUGACCUGCAGAUACUUUCCACACCAAGGUCUGGAGGUCAGAUCAGAGAGCAGCAACCACAAUCAGCUGUUUGUGCUCGAUGUGAGUCGAGUCUCCACGUCCAUGAACUGCAGCGUGACGGUGGAGGACGAUCAGCUGGAAGCAUUCAGAGAUAGAAGCUGGACUUCUGUGGGAGCAGACGGACAGACGGUCACUGUUCAUGUGACAAACAGAAACCUGACCACCACGGAGAGCUGCAACAACAUCCUGCCUUAACUGUCUGCUAAUCAAUCCACUCACAUCUGAUUGUUUUACUGGCAGCAUCAGUCACACUGAAUCUGACCUUUUGGAAUCAGACUAAGGCCACUUUGGCUACGUUCACACUGCAGGCCUUAAAGAUCACAUAUUGUGCAAAAAUCACUUUUUCAGGCUUUUCUGACAAAAAUAUGUGUACAAACCCCCCAAGAAUCAGGAAAAUCAAUUCCCUCCCCCCUCUCUCUCUCCACCUUUCAGAAAAUGUGUGCUGAAACAAGCUCAGAUUUUCCCCUUGUGAUGUCAUGUUGGGAGUUAGCCCCGCCCCCUGGUUUGGUUGGCUCUCCCCGCUUGG